CGGCUGUGUGUAUCAGCGCGGCCACAGUUCCCGGUUCCAGCCCGCCGCUCUAGCCGACAGCCAUGGCCAGGGAGGGCGCGGAGCAGCCCGCGCUGCAGUAUGAACAAACUCUGAUGUAUGGGCGUUACACCCAGGACCUCGGUGUGCACGCCAAAGAAGAAGCUGCUCGGCUAAGGGAGAGCGGCCAGAGACGAUCCCUCAGUGACCGCAGCAGAAGUCUCGACCUGCUUGAGUUCAAGGGACGCUGUGCAAAGUGUCAGAUCUGCACAGUCCGCUGUCAGAAGUUCCUGAUCUCCCGCGUCGGGGAGGACUGGAUCUUUCUCAGCCUGUUGGGACUCGUCACGGCCCUGCUCAGUUGGGGAAUGGAUUACUGCAUCGCCAUCUGCGAGGACGCACAUAAGUGGAUGUAUGGUGGUCUGGACAGCAACGUGUUACUUCAGUAUCUGGCCUGGGUCACGUAUUCCGUGGUCCUCAUCACCUUCUCUGCUGGUUUUACACAGAUUCUGGCACCACAGGCUGCUGGUUCAGGUGUUCCUGAAAUGAAGACAAUCCUGAGAGGAGUGGUAUUGAAGGAAUACCUGACCUUCAAGACAUUUGUGGUUAAAGUUAUCAGCCUCACCUUCGCGUUAGGUAGCGGAAUGCCCUUGGGCAAGGAGAGUCCCUUUGUGCACAUCGCCGGUUUGUGUGCAGCUCUGCUCUGCAAGUUCAUGUCUUUAUUUGGAGGAAUAUAUGAGAACGAGUCCAGGAACAUGGAGAUGCUGGCAGCUGCCUGCGCUGUGGGAGUGAGCUGCUGUUUUGCCUCUCCGAUCGGAGGUGUUCUGUUCAGCAUUGAAGUAACCUCCACAUUCUUUGCUGUGAGGAACUACUGGAGAGGGUUUUUUGCAGCCACGUGCAGCGCGUUCUUCUUUAGACUGCUGCCUGUUUGGAACAAUGAUGAAGAGACCAUCACAGCGCUGUAUAAAACUCACUUCCGCUUAGACUUUCCCUUUGACCUCCGGGAGCUUCCUGCUUUCGCCGUCAUUGGGAUUGCCAGUGGUUUCGGGGGGGCUUUGUUUGUUUACCUGAACCGGCUGAUUGUACAGUUCAUCCGCACACAGAAGACCAUCAAUCGUUUCCUCAUGAAGAAGCGUCUGCUAUAUCCAGUUCUGGUCACUGUAAUCAUCUCAACUCUAACGUUUCCUCCUGGCUUUGGACAGUUUAUGGCUGGACAGCUAACGCAAAAGGAGUCUCUGGUGACUCUGCUGGACAACCGAACAUGGGCCAAACAAGGCAUAGCAGAGGAGUUUGACUACAUCGGACACUCCCAAGCCUGGAUACACCCGCAGGUGAACGUCUUCGUCACCUUGGUCCUGUUCAUCGUCAUGAAGUUCUGGAUGUCAGCCCUGGCCACCACCAUGCCAGUGCCCUGUGGAGCGUUCCUGCCUACCUUUGUCAUAGGAGCAGCCUUUGGUCGCCUUGUUGGAGAAAGCAUGGCAGCUUGGUUCCCAGAUGGUAUCAGCACAGAUGGCACCAUUUACCCCAUAGUGCCUGGAAGCUAUGCUGUCGUGGGUGCAGCAGCCUUGUCAGGAGCAGUCAGUCACACAGUCUCCACCGCCGUCAUCGUGAUUGAGCUGACUGGCCAGAUCUCCCACAUCCUGCCAGUGAUGAUCGCUGUGAUUCUGGCAAACGCUGUGGCCCAGUCCCUGCAGCCCUCCCUCUACGACUCCAUCAUCAGGAUCAAGAAGCUGCCCUACCUCCCCGAGCUGGGCUGGGGUCACCACGAGAAGUAUAACAUACGUGUGGAGGACAUCAUGGUCCGGGAUGUGCGAUACAUCACCUUGAACUGCACUUAUCGAGACCUUCACAACGUGCUGCUGUCAGGAAACCUCAAGACCCUGGCUCUAGUGGAAACUGCAGAGUCGAUGAUCCUGCUGGGCUCCAUUGAGCAUGCUCAGCUCCAGUCGCUGCUUUCCCAGCAGCUCGGUCGCUCCAGACGCCUGGAAUACAUCAGGGAACAAGCUGCUGCUGAGAAAAAGCGCCUGUCUAUGGUGUCGAACACGGGCAGUGAGGAGGACUGCCACCGGGUCAGUCAGGAGGUCCGCUUCCAGAUUUCUACAGAGGAGUCUUCCUUCAGUCCGACUCGUCCAUCACCUCUGAAGCCCCUGAAGCCCGCUCUGAAGAGAUCCAGCGUGGCUGAGAGACCCACCGAACUCCCCACUAGCCCACAUGAAAACUCUGGUAUCGCGGUGAAGAACCUUUUCUGUGGCGUUCCAGACCCAGAAGCCCUGGAGAAAAACAACAAUGAGGAGAGCCCCUCGUCUCCUGAGCACAGGAGGCCGUCCAAACGAGUCCGGAUUUCCAUCGUGCAGGAGCCAGGCCUAAAGAGUUUCCCUUUGGACGAUGGAGACGUGGAGGACGACAUGACUCUCAGGGAGAUCACAGAGUGGGAAGAGAAGCAGCUUGAUGAGCAGGUCAACUUCAACAACUGCAAGAUUGACCCCGCCCCAUUCCAGCUGGUGGAGCGCACGUCGCUGCAUAAGACUCACACCAUCUUCGCCCUGCUGGGCCUGGACCACGCAUACGUCACCAGCAUUGGGCGGCUCAUCGGCGUCGUCUCUCUUAAAGAGCUUCGUAAAGCCAUUGAGGGGUCAGUGACGGUGAAAGGCGUGAAGGUGCGGCCCCCUCUGGCCAGUUUCAGAGACAGUGGCACCAGCAGCAGUGAGUCGGAGGCCACAGAGCUUCACAAGCUGUGGGAUCGCAACAAGAACAUGUCGUUACCACGAGAACAAACCCCAUCAGAGUCCGCGGAGAAGUCACAGUGAGGGACGGUUGAAUAGGAGCAGGUGGAGGACACAAAGGAGGUGGCCUUUCAUCUCCAAUGCCACACCACCAACCAAAUCCUCAGGGCCAAGGAUCAAUAUUUAGUGUGGAGAUGAUUUUCUCUCCUCGUCUGCUCCUCCUUCUGUGGUUCCAUGUCUGGGAGUCCUGCACUGACCCAGCCUGACACUCCCCAGGAUGAGAGGGCCCCGUUGUCCCCCCCCUGCUCUCCGUUUACCUUUGGGUCCAAAGCUGGGAUUUAGAGGGAAAUUUUAAAAAAGGAUUUUAUGUUUGUUUGUUUUCUUAGGGACGUGAUCAAACUUUGGAUUUGCAAAAAUUACUUUUUGACUGAGUCUUCCACUUAAGCAAUGAAAUUCAGAGGUUUCGACAAGGAAGAACUCUGUAAUUUAUGAAUGUGUGAGUGUGUAUGUAGACAGGAGUGUGACGUCAUAGGAGUUUGUCUCACUGGUUUUAGAUUUCAGUUUUUUGUUUUUCUGCUUUGACAGAUCAGGUGGUCGGGUUUGAAUAAAAAUCAUUGUGGUUUGUCCAGCUGAAGAGCAUUAAAGAGCCAGGAGGCUGAGCGAUGUGCAGCCUCAUCUUCAAAUGCUCAUCCUCUCUGUAAGUCUCUAUGUUCAGGUUAAAGAUUAUAUCUAACCUAUGCAAGCAGACGUGUCUGUUGGCUCUAGCUUCCAUUUCAAACCACUGUAGCCGCAGCCUUUUACACAAGGCAAAUGCAUGCAAACCGCCUGCAGUGAUGCACUCCAAAAGAGGAGGUUUUCUCCUAAACAUAGCCCUUAAUCAGCAGUCCAGACAAGGUUGAGGCGGAUGGGGGGCAGGAACACUGAAAAAAAAGAUCUGUUGGAUUGACAUAAAAAAAUCAUGGACAUGGGUUGCGCGCAAAAAAAUCAUGUUGGACCAAUAUAAUUAUUGCACAUAAUAAAAUCAUGUUCUACCAUAA